CGUAUCUCGCCUACCUAAUUGAGGAAAUGUGAGCAUCUUCAUCGCCUCUACCUCUUCAUACCUUCCUCUAACAGAUUUCCCUCGAGGUCUAUUACAAGAUAAGUAGCUCGAGUUGAUUUGCCAGGAUAUACUUGGCUAUUUCCACGCCAUUUAACUUUUGACUUUGCUACGGUUGAAGAUAAAUUGGCAUACAUAGUCGAAGCAUCGGUGAGUCCUUGUUGAUAUUUGCAACUAGUAAUCUCUACCCCGGCAACGGCAGGUACAUGACUAUUCGUGGAGAUGCCGGCACUGCAAGCGACUUUGGGGUGUAUGUAUGUGAUGCGUGUAUGUAUCGGCGUAUGGUCAUCAGAUGAAGCGGAGUGCAAGUCUUCGAACCCAAGCCAUGAUUAUCAAUGGAGCGCAGUAAACCCUCAUGCAAAUGCCAAUCCAUUGGCAAGUGGAGGAGAGUGAGUCUUCGGCCAAGUCAGUAUGCGAAUAGUCUUUGCAUCCCACUUUCGUAAGCAAGGCUAGCUAUUCUUCGGGCAGAUCCAAAUCAAUCACAUGUGCAAUCUGCGUGCUUGUACAUCAGGUCAAGACUCAAGAUCCGUUGGCCAGAUCAAUAAGUGGGAAGAACGAAACGUCUCCUUGGUCGGCAGAAAAGAAGACUUCGCAUAAGGGUCGAUCAUUCUCUUCCGGCGAGAAGACAUGAAUGAUAUGAUGUUGAAUGGAGCAUCCGCAAGGGGCCGGAGUCUAAUUACCGCGAGAUCGUAAGAUCUUACAAAGUACGGUAACCGAGAUGUGUCCCUAGUCCGCCUAUCAGGGGCUAUGUAAUUGAUGCCAAGUAGAUACCCUCGAGAAGCCCAAGGAUUGAUCUUGAAAAAAGCAACCCAAGAAUACUCUUCAUAUCUAAUGUUAUGCAGACUAGCUUUAUAUUUCAUUUUAAGAUGAAACAAAUGGUGUCAUAUACAAUCAUUGAGCACCCGUUCUUUCAUUAUUUAUUCAAAACUUAACUUUGACAGGCGGAGAAUAGACUUGAUUCAGACCUGCAGAUUGCUUAUCUCAACCAUGCUCGAGCAAUUCUAUCCUCCUUGCACCUCUGCCGGCCGUGCAGGAAGAGGGCAUCUGCCGGCGAGGCAUUCCCCCGAUUCGAGCGAUCAUUGGGCAUCUGCCAAUACCUGGAUCAUGGCAGGCAUAAUGCCAUGCCAUGUACGAGCUUGAAUCAAAGUGAACCUUAAUAGAGCACCAGCAGAUUUGGAUCGGCUUCCACUCGUUAUUUCCGAAGCAUCCUUAUAUCGCACAAAAUCGUUUCCAAGCCUUCGAUUCUUCAGAAGAGGCUUGGGGUUCAACUCAACUUUCUUGCACAGCCCACAACGUCACCGCGGCUUUUCAAGGAAGGGUUACACCAAGCACGAUAGACGAUGACCUGAUGGCUUGCGGGGAGAUAUGACACAUCUCAGACGAACAAUACACUCAAGGGUGGUUUGCGGGAAUAAGAACCGCAUUGGGAAUCUCUCCAUACGGCACGCUCCGAAUGCAUGCCGCGACUGAUGACGGUCUGGCGGGAUCAAGGCUGAAGGGUGCUUACUCUAAGAUGUGAUGCUGAGAAAUAGAACAUACUAGUGCAAGGUGACAUAGGUUUGCAAGCCAAAAAGUGGAUAUUUGGACAUGGUAAUCUAUUUAAGGUUGGAGGUAGCCACUUUGUGGUAAUUUUACCGGACACUUACUGGCGAGAGGUGCGGUAGCAGCAAGCCUCGCAAGCAAUACAUUCUAUAGGUCAAAGCCAGUUAAAAUUUCUCGCAAUCACUGAAGAUAAAUUGGACGGUUUGAACGGAGUUUUGAUUAAGGGUUUAUCGUUCCAAUUUAGGAUUGCGGAGGUUCCGGAUCCUACAGGUUAGUCUCUCCCGGGCAAGGGAUACACAGGCAGGAGGGUUUUAAGGUCAGUGCCAUCACUGAUCGACUGCUACUCCUUGUUGGGCAGGAGGGGCAAGCAGAGAAACAGAGUUUCUUAGGGUUUAGAUCACUUUCUGCUCGCAUGGGUAACUUGCUUUCAUAUGUGGUAGCGAAUCUAUAAUUGGGGGGAGUUCUCAACUUUCUCAUGCAACAGCUGUCUCAUACAGUCGAAAAUCGUUUAUUGGACGUGCGCUUGAACUUUAAACGUUCACAGGCGUGAUAGGCAUCUUGUUAUUGUAUUCCGUCGAUAUAUACUAUUUUGUUCAAAUAUACAUUGGGUCGCCGCCGUUGGUUGAACAUUCUUCCGUCUACUCAAGCAUGUCUGGUAAUGUCCACCCUUCGACACGCGGUGUCCACUCGAGUUUUCAGUCAGAUUCCACUUCCGACUCAGCAAAUAUGGACGCCGAAGCUUCAAUCCCUCGGAAAAGCAGCCUGGCCACGCCAGCUUCCUCUUUUGUUUGUAGUCAGUGUCCUAAAUCGUUCAAUAGGCGCGAGAAUUUGAGUCGUCACAUGAAAACCCACGAUGUUCCUCGGACUCACAUUUGUCAAAUAUGCGAAAAGACUUUUACUCGGAGUGAUUUACUAAAAAGGCAUGAAGCCGGCCAUGAACGAUGGGACAAAAAAGAACCAAAGUCUGAAGGCCGAAGAGGAUCGGUGAAGCGAAGGAAGACUUCUGAAGAUCCGGAAAGCCACGACAACCUUGAAAAGUUCAAUUGGACGCCUACAAGUCGAUCAGAAUCAGCUCAUUUAUCUCCAAUGCAAAGUGGUCCAUCAUUUCCGACGGAAACGGUAACGGCAAAUUACUCAACUUCUUUUCAAGAGCCUACUGGGAUAAAUAUACCGUUCCUCGAAGCGGCACCUAGAUCAUUUGGGGCAGGCCAACAACUAAAUAUCAACAACAAUGUACCCCAAUCAAUGCCGGUACUUGGUUUCUUACCCCAGGAGACGCAUUCUUUCACGCAGCAAUAUCGAGAUCCAUACCAAGACACAACACUAGACCACCAGUUUCCUACGAAUCCUCUUGGUGUAAUGGGAUAUUCUUAUCAGAUACCCUUCAGUCAUACUUCCUAUUUGCAACCGGAGAACAACCCAUUGGGAAAUGCGUGGGUUUCUAACGACUUAUAUGCUACCAUGGUUGGAACUGGAAACGAAUGGGAAAAUACUGGAAAGCUUUUCAAUCAAAAUGUUCCCGUCUCAGAUUCUAUACAGCAACAUUUUAGUAAUAUUAAACUGGACAAUUCAGGUCCAACUUCUACAAUGCCAGCUAGCGAGCCUCAUUUUGAAUACCGUCAACCCAAAAAUGAUAUAUUGGAAUCUGGGCCAACACAAUCUGCAAGCGUUUUUUCACCCCCAAAUUUACCCUGGAGUGAAGAUAAAUGGCCUUCAUCGUGGAAUCCGAGCUUAGAUCCAACUGCAAUUUUGGAAGCUGAUCCAAUUGAUCUACCAUUUGAUCAUCCUCUAUUUCAAGACCACAACCCAAGAUACGAUAUUUCAGAGUCGACAUAUUACAAAAUGCGAGAUUUCUUGAUAUCUCCCGUUCAUGAAGUUCCUCACAGAAAACCACUUUUUACAAUGCCACCAUUAUUUGUUGUCAAUAUCUUUAUUGGCCUUUACUUUAAGCAUUUCUCAAAUCAAGUACCUGUACUGCAUCACCCGACCGUGGAUACCAAUCAACUUUCUCCCCCAUUGUUAUCUGCCAUGAUGAUUAUUGGAUCUACUUACAGCCAUGUUAAGAAUGGAAGACGACUAGCCAUCGUUUUGAUUGAAGUUAUCGGUUGGCAUUUGCUCGCCGCCAUUCGUCUAGACAUGAGCUUAAUUCGAAAUCCUAUGACAAUUUUUACCGAAGCCUUACUCAUCCAUAUGGGACUAUGGUGUGGGAACAAGCGUGCAUUCAGCGUAUCCGAGUCUUUCAAAGGGCAUGCUGUUUCCCAUAUGCGUCGUUUAUACGAAAGUGAAAAGUCGAAUUUGCCAAAUAGAUAUUCUUCUGCGGACCAAACAUUGAAAGAUCCCCAAGUUCAAUGGAAACGAUGGAUCGACGAGGAAUCUCUUAAUAGGCUUUACUGGGUUGUCUAUGCAACUGAUCGCCAAUUCUCCGCGCUUUGGAACCAAUCGUCAGCAAUGACAAUUGGCGAAUUGGUAGAUGUCAGCUGUCCUUGCGAUGAAGUCUUUUGGUGUGCCUCUUCUGCCAGCGAUUGGAAUUUCACACUUGGAUCUGCGAAAGUACCACAGUCUUUAUCAUUUGCAGCUGCUAUAGGACCUUUUCUUUUUUCUCCCACUCCAUCCUCGUCUAUACCCUCCUCGGGUCAUUUCUUGACAGGAGAGGAGCCCCACCACCUUCCAUUGCCGAAUCUUAAUUCAUAUACCGCAUUUCUUGUUCUCCUCGAAAUUCAACGUCAGAUAUUUGAUGCCUCACAAGAAUCUCUAGUUGCUAGCAAAUUCAUCAACAGCCAAAUCUCAUCAGAAAUCUACGAAAGUCCACCCAGUCAUGAUCCUGCUUCAUCUCUUUCACAGGCCCUCAGAUCCCGCGUUUCUGCGAGGAGACAAGAACUAGCCUACACGCUUAACCGCUUUUCCAAAACUUAUUUACGGCCUCAUUUGACUAUCCCCCAUUCCACAUCGCAUAUUUUCCACCACAUCUGUAUUGUUCAACACCACAUCACAAGUCUUUUCCUCCAUAUUCCUUUUACCGGUCUAUUAAAUGCGAUUGGAAAAUCGAGUCAGACGGGUAUUGUGCGUGCUCUAGAAAGAUUGAGAUUAUGGGCACAAGAAGAUCCAGAAUUGGCUAUUGAUGUAGCCGUCCGAGCCGCUACUGCAAUCAUGGAGUCAAACAGAGAUCUUAAUGCGGAUGUGACAGGUCGAGAAAAAGGAAGCGAGGCACCCAAUGGAACAAAAAGUGGCAUGGUAGAUACAGGAGUUUACGAGCCCUCGUUAUUAAUGAUGACACAUGUCAUUCUUUGGGCUUUCGCACAAGUUGCGGAUAAAAAGCAAAAAGAUGGUCUGAUGAAGAGACUGAGAGGAAACAAAAACACAGCAGAUGACGCAUUUUUGGAGAUAUUAGGAAGUGAAUUGAUGGAUGAAGAGGAUAGUGAGGAAUUAAGUGGUAAGGGAAAGAAUAUAGACCCGGGAAGACCAAAAGUGAAAGGAGUGUCGAGAUCGCUAUUCAAAAGUGCAGCGGAUACGCUGAUGCGAUUUGGCACUUGGGGAGUUGCGCUCGACAUGGCGAUGUUACUACGCUUCAGAGCGGAAGGUUAGGGUGGGGAUAGAAAGAGGAUGAUGCUCAAUUCAACCGGAAUCUUCUGGUAUGGAUGUUGACUGUAUAUUAUACAAUUUAGACCAAAUUUGGGUCGAGUGAAGCUAUUUGACUUCUCUAACAUCUCGAGGGUUCCUGGAAGACAUUUUUCUACCUACCCUCGGUCAUGUAUUUUUAUGUAGAAAUAUUUACCAAAUGUAUUAUACAAAGUGUACCGAUGACAAAAGUAUGACACUCAUUCUCUUGAUUCCAUCUGUUCGCCAA